AUGUCAUUAUCCAUUACACCGAGACAAUGCGAUAAGCCAAUGUCUAUUUCUUCCAUUACCUUACCUCCAUCAUAUUCUGAUUUUUCUGUCACACCACCUAUCUCUCCUUCUAAAAAAAUACAACUUCAUCAGCCACUCUCACCGCACUUUUCUUGUUCUGUGCCUAGUUCACCCGAGAGUGUGACUGAUCAGUCAAUUCUUUCGUCAACCUUUUUGAUCAAACUAGAACACCAGUCCAAUCAAUCCACUAAUAAUGGCAGUAACAAUGCAUCACUCUCUCUACAUGAACGUCGUCAGCGUAAUAAGGCUGCCUCGGCCAAAUAUCGUGCAAAGAAAAACCAACAGCAUGGAGAGAUGAGAAGUAGAAUAAUGUCGCUUUCCCAGGAAAAUGAUAUAUUACAACGUCAAUUAGAAUCUGCUCGACAGGAAAAUCAUAAACUGAGAGAGGCUUGUGAUAAACUUCGAGGCAAAAUGCUAGCAGAAAAUGUACUACAUAAAUUGCUCUAUAACAACAAUAAUAAUGGUAUUCAUGGCGACGAUUUAUGUGAUGUAAUUAAUGACGCGGAAGAAGAGGAAGACGAAUAUUUAACAGUUCAGCAAAGCCAAUCAUUAAACCGCUGCAGCUCAUAG